AUGGCGGUCGGCGGCAACUACACCGUAUCUCUAAAAGUCUUCAACGAUGUCCAAGGUUGGAUUGCAUCUCCCUUUUACGAUAUUUACAUCGAUCCGUACAUCCCCAUCUCCAAUCUUAAGAUCGUCAGUCCAACGGCGGAUUCGCAGUUUGCAACAGGAGCAGAAAUAGAAGUGAGCAUAAUGAUGGAUUCAGGAUCUCCAGCUCUCGUCUACAUCUUCUGGGAUGAUGGCAGUGCAACCAUUCUAGAGAGGACCAUCGACAUGGUGAACCCGUCUCAAAUAUACAAAUUCAAUCAUUCCUAUGCCUCGAUUGGAAUGAAGAAUGUGAGCGUGGAAGUGAGAAAUACCCAGGGUACCUUGAUCGGGGUAGCCAACUUCCAGACCACUUCAGUGGAGAUUGAAAUUCUGGAUCCUGUUGAAAACAACUGGAAUCUCACGGUCUCGAGCGGUCUCACUAGCGGCGUCGUCCUCGUCCCCCCUGGAAAUGUGAUGUUUGAGCUGACCUGCUCCAGUUCCACCCUACCAGCAAAGGCGACGGCUACUUGGAACUUUGGCGAUGGGAAUCAAUUGAACCAAGUUGUGAAUUCAACUGCAUUGGAAAUGACGAAAUCUUUUCAGACUGCUGGAUCUGGAAGCAGAAACGCAACGUAUCAUGUGAUGGUCAACGUCUCUAACCCCAUUUCCUCGAAGGAAGUCUCCGUGGACAUCGAAGUUUGGGAAGCCAUCCAGAAUGCCACCCUCGCAAUUAAGUAUGUGGCAACCGACGGAAGCCUUCAACCUGGAUACGGUGCCAACGGCUAUUCUUUCCCACUGAGGGAAUUGACUUCAUUCAUUCCUUCUGUUGAAAGAGGUGAAUCCCAUGAUGCA